AGUUCUCACCUAAUACUUUGAAAUAAUGAGAAAUUAGCCAAAAGUUCUCUCAUUUAGGCAUCUUUUUUCAGUCUCAUUCCCAUAUGGCUAUAAGUGAAACCAUGUCAAAUUCUACUGAUUGGAUGCAUUUCUAUCAACAUAACUUCUCCGGGCAACCUCAAAAUAUCCCAAGUUUUAGUGGAAGUGUGUCUGAGAGUGUCACGCCGGCCACCACCACCUGGGCCACCGAGGUGGCACAAAGUAACUCGAGUCCAAGUUACAGUAACUUGAACAUGGAUGGUGGUCGUGCUGCAAGGCCUCUUAGAAGGCGACCGAGGGCAUCGAGGCGAUCCCCGGUUGUGCUACUUAAUACGAAUACUAGCAAUUUUAGAGCCAUGGUGCAGCAAUUCACUGGUGGUCCAAGUUCUUCACUUGCAUCUAGGACUCAGUAUUCCAAUGGCGUAAACUUUGGUUUUGGAGUUGGAACUCAACAAUCUAUGAUCCCAUCUACAGCCAUGGCUCCAAAUGGAUUUCAAAUUCAAUUCCAGAGACAACAACGACAAUAUCCGAAUCAGCUACAACACAUUUUCACUUCACUGAAUAAUAAAACUCAGGGUGAUGCUUCUGCUUUUCUGCACAAAUUUAUGCCUAACACAGAGGUGGAGCCCUCUAGUGGCUUUGUCAAGAAUGGUGGCUCAGUCCACGUGCCACCGUCCGAGGGGAGCGGCGGCCGUGGUGGCUUCCACCUAUGAGAAAAGGGAUAUGCAUAACAAUUACAUGGGGUUUGAUAAUGACAAAGGACAAAGUUUGCUGACUUCUGCUCUUAGUCUCUUAGAUUUUCUUCCUUUGUUAAGUACCCGUUCACAUUUGUACUUGUACAGUGGUUUCUUUGGCCUUUUCUUUGCACCUUCCUAUCACUGUAAGAAAGCGAGAAAUUUCUGUCGCAAAGGAAGAGGGUCAAAUCAUGCUUGAUUUGGUUUUUUUUUUUAUUUUACACACUUUCACUUAGGUGUCAUGCAAAAUUAUGUUUUUAUUAUUAAAUUCUCAAUCUUAUAUCGAUGA